GAUAUGGAUGUGUAUCAAGAAGUAGGUGUACCGGAGUUUGGUGCUCCUUGGCCCGCCAUGACGAUGCCCGAACAAGGAGUGAUUGGCCAAUUUACCAUUUUCUUCGCGCUUUUUCUUGGAGGACUAAAGGAUUUUCUCUUCUCUCUAGAAGAGGAAUGGUUUGGAGCAACCCAUCCUGGAGUGGGAUGGCAGCUCACUCUCCCUGCUGCCCUGAUUGUUCUUGGUGUGAUAUUACUAUGGAGGACCGUCCUUGCGAUCAAAAGCAGGCUACGUCUAUUGACUGAGACACAGCUAAACGUGAAACUCGCCCAGCUAUCGAAAAAGAAAUGCGACAUAAUGAUUAAAUUGUCUGAAAUGGAGACACUGUUGAAGGACUAUGACGCGCCAGUGAAAAGGUUGCGGGCAUGCCUGCAGUCCUCUCAGGAGGAUAGUCAGGAGCUGGAGGAUAUGAAGAAACAAUGGAACAUCAGAGCUGGAGAAAUGGAGGCAUUUCAUCUCCAGCUCCAGGAGCGUGCUGAACGCAUACAGAAACUGAAAGCUGUUUGGGGACCGAUGGAACCACUUAAAGAGAAUCACAGUGGGGAUGCCAGGAUCCCUAGUGCCACCGACACCCAAUCUACCGUUACAGAUAUCAAGAGUGAGGAAAACAUUGAGAUCGAGGUCACUGUGAUGAAGAAUGCAACCUUAAUCAACACCACACUGGAGGAGGUGAACAGGGGUCUUCGGGACAAAAAUUGUCAGCUUGAAGAGAAGAAUGUCGCUCUACAUCAAAAACUCCACAGCACUGAGAAGAUGUAUAGACAGACUCUAAACGAGCUGACCAAAGCCCUGAUUCAAGGCAAACAUGAGGAAAAGCAACAUAUUGAAACGCUACAAGAGAAAAUCCAGACCAUAUCUCGGAGAGCCUCUGCUGCUGAGCAUGCUCUGGCCAUGGAGAAGAAUGAGGCAGCGCUACUCCGCCAGAGGAUUUUUCAAUUAACCUCUAAGAAGCUGAAAAUAGGAAAACCUGGGUUCCUGAUCAAGACCAUCCCCAAGCCCCCAAAAACAACCAAGACCAACAAACCCUUCUUGAAGACCUGCAAAGUUCUGAAAGCUUUCAAAGCACUACUCAAGAUAUGAAGGCAAUGCAUACAAUUGUACAUUUGGUACAAUUAUUCUCAGGACACGGGGUGAGGCAGAGUACAAUAAAUAAAUCCAGAUGCCUUAUUCCAUCAAACAACUGCAAGAAGUCUUCUUUAAAAUCAACCAAGCUAAAUUGGACACGUGUUUUAUGUCAUUUAUAUGGUAGGUCUCAUUAGAUAUCAUCCAACUCUUUAAAAAUGCCUUUGUAUGCAGAUUUCUGCUCUGUUGCCAUUAGGUAAGAUACAACUCCAUGGGGCUUACCUGCCAAGACCUCCAUGGAAGCCACAUAUCCCAUCAAUUACCAAAGCCAAAUGGUAGGCUUAUGAUGAAGUCUAUUUUCUAGGUCUCCAGGGCUAUUUUGGCGACGGGAAAACCCCACGCGAAGGUCGAUUUGUCCUCACUUUGCAACCCAGACUCUCUUUAGGGACCUGAGCUGUCCAAGAAACCAAAACAUCUGGACAUUUUCAAAGCCGUAGAUGGUUCACUUGAAUGCUUUGAGCAGAAGCACGAGUAGGACAAGAGUGGACGAAUAGAUGUCCAUUCAGCGAGACACGCAAAUUAGCCUACAAAGAAAGGGAAAUGCAGAACAAAUGCUCUUUCUCGUUAGGGUUGCGGGUGUAAACUUAUCUUGGAGGAUUAUAUACGGGUAAAUUAACGUAUUUAAAUAUUUCACUCAAGUACGAGAAGAACGAGAACAACAUUUCCCCAACACAUUAGAUUUGUGCAGGGUAAAUACUCAUGAUAAUGGCCAAUUUAUUUGAUUAAAACCAGAUGUAUAAGCCUACUUUGGGGAAAUUAAUGACUAAAUAUAUAUCCUAUAGGGAAAUAAGAAGGAGAGCCAACAAUAUAAGUGAAAUUCAACAACGUGCUUUAGUAACGAUGGUGUAACGGCUGUCGUUGGUGGAAGAAGGUGAGGACCCAGGUGCAGCGUGGUAAGUGUUCAUCUUUUUAUUUUGAACUGAACACUGAAUUAUAAAACAACAAAGAGAAUGAA